GUGCCACCAAGUGCCACCACGUGUGUCCCCACCCCCCCUUCCUGUCCCCAGACGACUUCCGGAUCUUCUGCGGGGACCUGGGGAACGAGGUGAACGACGACAUCCUGGGCCGGGCCUUCGGGCGUUACCCGUCCUUCCUCAAGGCCAAGGUCAUCCGCGACAAACGCACCGGCAAGACCAAGGGCUACGGCUUCGUCUCCUUCAAGGACCCCAACGACUACGUCCGCGCCAUGAGGGAGAUGAACGGUGGGGGACACCAGGGACAUCGGGGACCUUGGGGACCUUGGGGACAUCGGGGGCUUCAAGGACCUUGGGGUGAUGGGGAGGUGGUGGCUUCACGUCCUUCAAGGAGGUGGAUGAUGAUCUCGAUGGGAUGAGGGACAUCAAGGGUUGGAGAACUUGGGGACUUUGGGGACAUCAGGGACAUUGGGGACAUCGGGGGCUUCAAGGAUAUCAGGGACCUUGGGGUGAUGGGGAGUGGUGGCUCCAUCUUCUUCAAGGAGGUGGAUGAUGAUAUCGAUGGGAUGAGGGACGUCAAGGGUUGGAGAACUUGGGGUCAUUGGGGGCUUCGAGGAC